AUGUAUAUUCGGUUGAAACCUGCAAAUUUUGCGACAUUUAUCAUCAUAAUUUUCUUCCUUUAUCUGGGAUAUCUUAUUUGGCAAAAAGAGGAACAUUUUCCGGAUGUUGUGAUUGAGCUCCAUGAUCUACUAAGUUAUGUGCUUUUGGCUAUAGAACUAGGUAGUCGUGCUGUCUUGGAUGUUAGUGAUGAGCAAAACUUGAAUGCUUUCAAAAAAUCUGACAUGGAUGUCGGUAAAGCGGAACUUUUGACAACAGCUGAUUUACUGUCAAACCAACUUAUAAUCAACGUCCUAAAAAGAUAUCCAGGUUUAAGGGUUAUUUCUGAAGAAAAGAAAGAUGAGUUAAGCGUAGUGGAUUAUGAAAAGUAUCAGUCACAGCAGCAGGAACUUUAUACAAAUGUGAAGACUAUUGUUGAUUUAUUUCCAUCAAGGAAAUAUUUAUUAUCAAAGUUAACUGUUUGGGUUGACCCAUUGGAUGCAACACAAGAAUUUACAGAAGGCCUGUUUGAGUAUGUUUCUGUGAUGAUUUGCGUAGCAUUGGAUGACAUACCUAUAUUUGGUGUGAUCUACAGACCAUUCACUGGUGAAAGGAUCUACGGCUUAAAUGAUUUUGGAAUCAUAAAAGGAAAUGGCAAUAAAUGGAAUCGUACAAUUUUGAAAAACCAUUCCAAAUUAAUAAUGGUUUCCAGAUCACAUGCUGGGAAUGUAAAAGAUUUGGUACGGAAUGCUUUCUUUUCCAAUUUUACUGUUGAAGCGGCUGGAGGUUCUGGUUACAAAUCGUUGAGAUUGUUGAAUGGCACUGGAGAUUUAUACAUGCACAUGACUGCUAUUAAAAAGUGGGAUACUUGUGCCGGUGAUGCUUUGCUUCGAUCGAUUGGUGGUUUAAUGCUUGACUUUAAUGGUGAUGUGCUGAGUUAUGAUCCCAGUGAUGGUUAUAUCUUACGAAAUGGUUUAAUAGCUGCAGCACAAUAUCCCUUUACAUAUCUCCAACAGUGGCGACAGCAUUUGAAAGGAACUUCGAUUGAGGGAUAG